CGGGGAGAAGUUACAGGUCCGGGAAGUUGGCCCUGGCGGUCCCGGGGGAGACGGCGGCGCGCAGCGAGCGGAGGGCAGGUCCCCAGGAGCCGGAGCGGGCGCGGGAGCUGUAGGCCGGCACUCUUUUUAGAUCAUCUCCUGCUGCCAUCAGAAAUGUCUUCCUUAAGUGGGAAAGUCCAAACCGUUUUGGGCCUUGUGGAGCCAAACGAACUGGGCCGCACUCUGACCCAUGAGCAUUUGACAAUGACCUUUGACUGCUCUUACUACCCGCCGCCUCCGUCUCAUGAAGUUAUCUCUAAGGAACCUAUUAUGAUGAAAAAUUUAUAUUGGAUUCAGAAAAAUCCUUAUUCCCAUAAAGAGAAUCUUCAGUUGAAUCAGGAGACGGAAGCUAUAAAGGAAGAACUGUUGUGUUUUAAAGCCAAAGGUGGGGGAGCCUUGGUGGAGAACACAACCACCGGGAUUAGCCGAGAUGUGCAGACUCUGAAGUGGUUUGCAGAAGAGACUGGCGUCCAUAUCAUCUCCGGAGCUGGGUUUUAUGUGGAUGCAACUCACUCUUCAGAGACCAGAGCCAUGUCAGUGGAGCAGCUUACUGGUGUCCUCAUUAAUGAAAUUCUCCAUGGGGCCGAUGGAACCAGUAUCAAGUGUGGCGUUAUCGGAGAAAUUGGUUGCUCCUGGCCUCUGACCGAGAGUGAAAGAAAGGUUCUUCAGGCGACAGCUCAUGCUCAGGCUCAGCUUGGCUGUCCUGUUAUCAUUCACCCUGGAAGGAAUCCAAGUGCACCAUUUCAGAUUAUCCAGGUGUUGCAAGAAGCAGGUGCAGACAUCUCCAGGACAGUUAUGUCCCACCUUGAUAGGACUAUACUUGAUAAGAAGGAGCUACUGGAGUUUGCUCAACUUGGCUGUUACUUGGAAUUUGAUCUCUUUGGUACCGAACUCCUUCACUACCAAUUCAACCCGGCUAUUGACAUGCCCAAUGACAAUAAAAGAAUUAAAAGGGUGCGUCUUCUGGUGGAUGAAGGCUAUGAAGAUCGAAUUCUGAUGGCACAUGACAUACACACAAAGCAUCGGCUGGUGAAAUAUGGAGGUCACGGCUAUUCUCAUAUACUCACCAACAUUGUUCCUAAAAUGUUGCUUAGAGGUAUAACUGAGAAUGUACUGGAUAAGAUCCUAAUAGAGAACCCUAAGCAAUGGCUAACUUUCAAAUAGGCUGGUUGUUUAUGAAUUCACACCUUGAGCAUAAAGCUUGCAGAGAACAUUCAGUGAUUUCAAACCCACUGUGAGAUAUUAAUCGGAGCUACGUAGGACUAAUGACAGAUCAUUUCCUUUUUAUGAGAUUUAGAAGAGUUUUGCCUUCUCAGAAACUGGCCGACUAUUACAUCUGCACCUUUAGGGAGUUACUGAGCCUAAUUGAGCCCUACCGUUUUGCCUUAACAAUAUAAAUAUGCAAGUACCUAUUUCCAAACAAUGAUCUACGGUCUAUAUCCCCUAAUUUGUUUUGUUUUGUUUUCUUAAUCUAUCAGCUGCACUACUUGAGAAAAUUUAAAGUGUUUCUAGUUAAAUUACCCCCUUCUGGAGCAAUCUAAUGUUUCUUGUAAUAUUGAUGAUCCUACUAAUUAUCCUGCUGUUCUUUAAUUAAUGCUUAAUGAAUAAUAUGGCACUUUAAAAUAGCUUCUGCAGCAAGGGAAGUUAAAUUUUGAGUCUUUUUUCUUUUCCUAAAGGAUACUGUAAUACAAUUGCCAAUUCACAACGGUCAAAAUGGCGUGGAAGGUUAAUUAUAUGCUGUCACCUAUCUGUAUAUACUUAUAACAAAUCGGUAUUGUUGCCUGUGGGUUUCUGGUGUCCAUUUUUGCUGUUAAUUUUGUUGUGUUUUGAAAAAUUUGCAUAAGGGGGUGUGAACAUAUAACAUAGUACUGAAUUAGAAAAAUUCAAUCAUAAAAGUCAAAAUAUAUUACAUAAUAUAGUUUAAUGAAUCAUUACAUUUAUAAUAACAAAGGCCACAAUUUAAUUAAUUAAUAAUAUAUAAUGCAAAUAAAAAGAAAUGUUUGCCUUAUAUAUAUUCCCUUUAUUUCCUUUACCUUUUAUUUGUUCUUCCUUGGGCCUCAACAGAAAAAAAUAAUGCUUAUUUAUCUGAAGGAAAGGUCAGAUCUAUUAGAAAUGACAGUCUGAUUCUGGAGCCUACUCUUUAAAAGGUACCCAGCCCUGAAGUUUUGUGUAAAUAAAGCCUUUUGAAAAACUC